AUGGUGCUAGGCCCAUCACCGAGCGCCACAGCGGCGCCUGCAGGCGCAAACGCCGAGCACCGUGCCGCACCGUCGGCCUUGCCGCAAGGCGCUGCAUCUAUGCUGCCGAAAACGCUCGUCGCGGAUGCGAGAGCGGACGCGUCCCAAGUCCAAAAUGGCGCACAUCGAUCGCUGGCUCCUGGCGAAGCGGCGCUGUUCAACGAAGGCUUCUUGUUUGACGACGAGCUGGAGAGUGCGGACGACUCGACCUUUGUGCGCAAGUACAACUUGUCGGGCGACGACGACAAAUUUCCCAUGCUUUUUCGGCAGCAAGGCUUUAACAAUGCGCUUUCCACGUUUUCCUCCGCGCUCGACCUCGCGCCAUUGUCGCAAAUGUCGUCGCGCUCCGGCCGUGCACAGCCAGGGUCAAAUGUCUCGACGCUUUCUCCUUGGCUGCAUGCAACGCCGACCGAUUUUCAGCGCCGCGUAGACGAUAUUGCCGUUGCAGACUUGUCCCAUUCCACGCACUCGCUCAGCGUCCACGACUCGCAGCACUCGCUUGCUCCCGGUGCUAUGCGCCCAAUGAGUAGCGCAGCGCCUGGCAUUCAUUCCGACGCGCGUGCCGUCCGCCCAGCGGCCCCCUUUUCGGCUGAGCUCUUUGCCGAGAAGGAGCUGCAGCCCGGCGCGUACAAUGGACUCGGCGUCGCGCCAACGCCCAAGCCCGGCAUGCAUCUCGCUCCAGGCACGAGGCCAGCGUCGGCGCACAGUGCGUCCUUUGUACCCAUUCGCAACGGAGUCCCCGUGGACGAGAAUCGGUUUCCUGCCGAGCCGCCAAACCAGCGCUUUCCGCGCUUCCGGGGCAAGGACGAAUCGCGCCGCAAGCAAAACGGCCGCGCCUUCUCUGGCGAGGCCGUGUCUGCGGAUGCAGAACAGUUCCGCAACGUGCGGCGCUCCGAUCUGGAUCCCAGCACGACGCGCCUGGAGGACUUGGCCGGCGAAAUGUCGCAGCUGUGCAAGGACCAGUAUGGAUGCCGCUUCCUGCAAAAGAAACUGGAAGAAAACGUGCCUGAGCAGUGCGACAUGAUCUUUACUGAGACUUUCCCUUACUUUGCCGAACUGAUGACCGAUCCAUUCGGAAAUUACUUGUGCCAAAAGCUGCUCGAGUACUGCUCCGAUGCACAGCGCGACCAAAUUGUCGACGCGAUUGCCGCUGAUCUCGUCACAAUCUCGCUCAACAUGCACGGCACGCGUGCGGUGCAGAAGACGAUCGACUUUAUUUCCACUCCCUCGCAGACCAAGACUGUCAUCGAUGCACUUUCGCGCAACGUUGUCAGUCUGAUCAAAGACUUGAACGGCAACCAUGUCAUCCAAAAGUGUCUUAACCGCUUGUAUGCCGAGCAGAACCAGUUUAUCUACGAUGCAGUGGCUGCCAAGUGUGUCGACGUCGCGACGCACCGCCACGGCUGCUGCGUUUUGCAGCGCUGUAUUGACCACGCGUCCGACCAGCAACGGUUCCAGUUGGCCAAGGAGAUUACAGCCAAUACGCUGCAGCUCGUACAGGAUCCCUUCGGCAACUAUGUCGUGCAGUACGUGCUGGACCUCAACAAUGCCGACUUCAACGAAGCGAUGGUCCACCAGUUCCUCGGCAAUGUCUGCAUGCUCUCCAUGCAAAAGUUUAGCUCGAACGUGAUUGAAAAAUGCAUUCGCGUGUCGCAGCCAAGCAUCAGGAAGCUGCUGGUCCACGAGCUGAUCGACGAGACGCGCCUCGAGUCUCUCUUGCGCGACUCGUUCGCCAACUACGUGGUGCAGACCAGCCUGGACUAUGCAGAGCCGACACAGCGCACACAACUGGUCGAGUGCAUCCGUCCCAUUCUCCCGGCUAUUCGCAACACGCCGUAUGGGAAGCGCAUCCAGAGCCGUCUCCAGCGCGAGUCGCCCGAGUUCGUGAAUGGCUCGGCGGAUGGCCGCUUUGCUGGUCCGCCGCGCGGUCAAGGCGUUUUUCAGGGGCGCAGCGGCGGGCGCAACAUGCCUUUCUCGGCGUCGGUCGGCGCGGGCAGAGGCAGAGGUGCGCGCCGCGGCAAGGGCGACCCCAUGUAUCCCAACAGCAAUGUUGGGGGCGGCGAUGUACAAAUGGAGCAGUUCUUUCCUGCACAAAACGGCGAAAUCCCUCUUUAUCCAUCGGUGGGCACAUUGGAUUUUACGGAACCUGCACCAAACGUUGCGCAGGUGCCGACUGAUUUGGUCUUUGGAGGGCUGUCCCGGGGCAAAAUGCAAUGGUAG